AUGGUGAUUAAACUUCUUCAGGGGCUCUGCCGUUAUUACAACUUUCAACUAAUGGAUAUGGAUAUAAUAGUAACACAGAUAAGUGGUGUCGGUGGUGGGAGUGAACACGAAGCAUUAUCUCGUCCUGAAGAUGAAAUAAUCAAUAUUUGCAGUGGGUUUGAAGAUAUUCGAAGAUCUAUUCUGAACUAUACUGGCCGUGAGUUCCAUAUUAAUAUUUAUCAAAAUGAAUAUCAAAUGUUUUUUAGCAUAGCUUCUUCUUCGAUGUGUUUUUAUGGUGGUCUACUUUCUGGUUGUCUUAUUUAA